UCACGCGCACCUCCCGCUGCUGGAUUAUCAGAGCCGCUUCCCGGAGGAUCAGGAAGCUCGCGCUGGACGCUUUUCAUAUCGUUUCUCUCGAAGGAUCCAGUUGGAAGAACCGUCACUGAAAAACAUGCAUGUUUUUUGCUCUCGUCUUGUAGAAUAAGCAAAGCGAGACUAGAUAGUUUACUUUUAGUUUCUGUCUCGUCACGGUCCGCCUGCUGCUGCUGCUGCUGCUGCUUCUGCGCUUCUUCUGGACACUGCGACAGGUCAGCAGAGAGCCGCUGUCCUGCAACACAUCAGAUAUGCUGGACGGAAUCAAAAUUGAAGAUCAGUUCAGAACAGGAGCGGAGUCUUUGGGAGUGAUGCUGGGUUCAGACUGCGUCCAUCAGAGUGUAUGUGAAGGAUGUCACAGACCGAUCUCUGAUCGCUUCCUCCUGCGAGUGAACGACAGCUCGUGGCACGAGGAGUGUCUGCAGUGCUCGGUGUGUCAGCAGCUUCUCAGCAUGAGCUGCUACUCCAGAGAGCAGAAACUCUACUGCAAACACGACUACCAACAGUUGUUUGCAGCCAAAUGCAGUGGCUGUCUGGAGAAGAUCGCUCCCACUGAGUUUGUGAUGCGCGCACUAGAAAGUGUGUAUCAUCUAGGCUGCUUCUGCUGCUGUGUGUGCGAGCGACAGCUGUGUAAAGGAGACGAGUUCGUCCUGAAGGAAGGACAACUGCUGUGCAAGAACGACUACGAGAAGGAGAAGGACUUACUGCACGCGGUCAGCCCGGACAUGUCUGACUCCGACAAAAGUGAGGAUGAAGAUCUGGACUUGAAGCCGGAGAAAGGAGCAGGAGGUCAGAGCAAAGGAGCCGAUGACGGCAAAGACCCACGCAGACCCAAGAGACCUCGCACCAUCCUCACCACCCUGCAGCGGCGCGCGUUCAAGGCCUCCUUUGAGGUGUCAUCCAAACCAUGCCGAAAGGUGAGAAGGCACAGGUUCCAGUAUUAUACUAAUCCAUUAUUAUACAGCAGUCUAUGGACUAUCUGA